AUGAAGUUGAUUGCACUGCUCCUCUGUGUCUGUGAAGGAAUGUUGACACUUAAGGAUGGCUAUGAUUACUUACAGUGGAACAAGAGACUUGAAGGAAGAUUCCUGACCAUCAUUUCGAGGGUCAGCCCUCUGGAUUGUGCGGAAGAAUGUAUAGUUAGAACCGGAUGUCUGUCCUUCAACUACCUACGGUCAGCCAUAUUCUGUGAGUUAAACUACGCCAGUGACCUUAUAGAGGACGAGGUACUUACAGACUCGGUCGGAUGGGUCUAUGGUAGAAGGGAGCAUUGGUCUAUGUUGAUGACAGAUAGAUGCCUUAAUUCCAGUUGUACACAGGUUGAAAAAUGUAUAGAGUCUCUAGACAACCAUGGAUGUACUUUGUCUCAGUGUCAUCCAUCAACUCUAAAUCUUCGUCCAAACGUCGAGCUUUCGAAGUCCAACAUGUCCUUGGAUUUUGGGAACACACAUACAGUGGUGUGCGCUGAGGGCUCUGUUCCUUCCGGUGGUGAUGGACACGUUCAAUGUCUCUGGAACGCCUCCUGGACGACAGUCAAUUUAAAAUGCAGAAGUACAUGUACCGGAACGAAAAGAAAUAUCGAAAACAGAGAAUACUGCUUCAUGAGGGAACAUUUAUCAUGGAGUUUAGCUAAGGAACAGUGUUAUCUACUUGGUGCAAACCUGCUUGAAAUAGACACCCUGCAGGAAAACCUCCAGAUUUCUCAACAGCUGGAGUCGCUGCAACGUGUAUUUUGGCCUAUUGAUUUGUGGUGGACAGGUGGUUCUGAUAACGGACAAGAAGGCAUAUGGAGGUGGAACUUUUCUGGCAGAUACUUCACCGACAAUUACAAUUCUUGGCAAGCCGGUGAACCUGAUGGAGGAACAAGAGAAAAUUGUUUAUUGACUUCUCUUUCUGCAUACUGGCAAGAUGAACCGUGUGCAAAUAGUUAUGGUUAUGUUUGCGAACGUCAGCUUGGUUUAUGACAGCCAGGUUACCAGCAUCUAGUGUCGGGUUCGGUUUUGUUUGCGUCUCUUAAUUUUAUGAUUAAGGCAUUCAUGUUUCAAAAUAUUUUAUAGUAAAUUUGUUUCUUGAAUUGAUUCUGCAGUAACGACUUUUGUAAUGCUGCUGUAAUACGAGGUUUGUUGUCAUAACAAUGGUUUUUUCUGGUAACUAAAACGACUUCAACAUUACAUGUAUCAAUUCGACCUACUAGAAUUUUGUGGAUGAACAAGGCAAUUUUGACAAAUGUAGUAAUUAAAACUACAUUCAUUUUUGUGAGUGCUCAGCACUAUUGGUAUCGAACCUUUUUUUGUUUACAUUCACAAAUAGAUAUGGCAGGCAUUCUUCGUUUGUUUGACUGUUUGUUAAGGAGGCUGGUAGUUAACAUAUUAAUCAUCAGAUCUACCUUAAAUUUUCAGAUCGGGUUUACUUUAUAAAUAUAACCAUUUAGCAAAUAUAGA